AGAUGCCUCCAGGUCUGUGGAAAGGGAACAGUUGAUUUUGGAGUGAGUGGUGGCUUGUCAGUGGCUGGAAGGAUGUGGGGGCCGCGUUGCCAGAAAAGAAAUGGACCUGGCUUGCUUUCCUGGGGUGGGGGUGAGACUGAAUGAGUCUGGCUCCGCACAGGACUGUGCUCCUUUGCUGUGUGUUGACAUGAAACGACAGUCGUGGUUCGGGAAGGUGUGUCUCAGUGCUGUGAGUGGGCGAGAGCAGUCUUGUGUGGCACAGGCUGUUGAGCUGGAGCUGGUGGCGCAGCCGACACCUGGAGGCAGAGUUGUCACGUUUGACGGUUCUGUGACAAAAUAGUCCUGAAGAAACUAGAGGAAUGUUGAGGUUUUUAGAGUCUAACCAGGAGUCCAUUUCCAGUUUGGUCUGUAGUGUAAACUGUGGCAGGUGUCGGGUGGCAGCCAUGGUUUUUUCCGAGUGUGUACUAAAGCAGAGUAGGUAAUAGUGAUGUUUGCCCUGUCUCCUGGACACCUGUUUCUUACACCUGCUGUGCUGCCUUACCCUUGAGCCUUCCAUUAAAUCUAUUCUCUACAUAUUUGCCUUGAGGCAUCGGAGCAGUAGUGCUACUAUACUGUGCAUUUUCCGUGUGUGGGUAAGCUGGAGGUUCAUGGUUUUGGUAAGUAUGUGCCGAAGAUGAAUGGUGAUUAGGUAAAACUAAUUUACAAUUGUUCUGCUGUUUUUUUUGUGUGUGUGUGUGUUUUUAAAAUGUUUGAUGCCUUUUUUUUAUUAUUAUUAUUAAGUUUUGAUCUCUUUUCUAAAGCAAAAACACUACUAUUUUGGGUUUCUAUGUUAAUUGAUCAACUAACACAUUUUUGUGUAAGUUUUAAGUAAGAAGGACCAUGUAACUGAAUAUUAUGUUCUCGACCAGAAUGGCAAACGUUUUCGUAGGGCCAGCUUCCCCCAAGAAGAGCUUCUGUCAUUGUUUCACUACAGGGCUGGUGGCUGCUCUGAUCCUUCAUAGAGUUCUUUCAACUGGGUAGCACGCUGUAUAGGCUUUCUGAUUGCAUUCGGCCGAUGCAGGAACGUCUUUGGCUCCCCUCACCAAAAAAAUACUAUUCCAUAGAUUGUUGGGAUUUUAAUUUCUUACUCAGGGAAAAAAUUACCUAUGCAUGUUCACUUUCGGGGCCUUACCAUCACUCCCUUGAGCAUCUGUGUAUUCCUUAAUAUCUCUUUUAAGCACAGCUCACUAAAAUACUAAUCAUUAGUAACUUCUUCUAGGUGCCAGGGAAAGCUGAGAGAGUCUUCCUUUAAUAGGAAUACAGCAGCAUGCUUUUCCUUCUCUCUGCCCUUGGGGAAGUGCUCCUGAAGGCCUGUAUUAGUUCAUGAGAUUCAUCUAGUUCUCUUAGAACAGUUGAGACAGCAUUGGUCCCGUCCACAGUCUCUCUCAUUGAUAAAAAGAUUUAAAAUUGUAAAGAGUACAUACUUCUUUUUUUUUGGAGCUUCAAUUCUAAUAAAUUUCUUUUCAAUUGGAAAUAGAAGAAGCAGGCUGAUUUUGAGAUUAGUACUAGCCAUGUGCAUACAUUCUGUCUGUGGAUUAAAUCUUUCAAGAAAUGUCCCAUUUCGAUUUUUGCUCAUUUGCUAAUAUGGCACAACUUUCAAACUGGCUUAGUCUGUUCUUAAAGAAAUCUACAGGAGAACCCACUCCCCAAAUAUGGCAUAUAUCUUAUCUCCCCUCAGGCCUCACUGAACCUUGCUAGCCAUAUGCAGAACAGGUGGAACAAUCAAGUUGUUGUGUUUUGCUUUAAAACUGCUGGCCAGCCAGGGCUGGACAUCUGUGAUCAAGAUGAUCCAGGGAUUCAGUGAUGCCGGCGGACCAGCACUCUAUACAGGGUGUCCAAGGCUCACCAUAAUGUUAAUGGAAUACCAGAAUCUUUAAGGGUAUGGUCCUGACCUAAGAUGAGGGGCCAAAUGGCUGAAUUGACAGAGCUGAUCUGUGGCCUUCUUGGAUUAAAACAGUUUUUAAAAGACCACGCCUGACCUAUGAUGCGUGUGUAAAGAAUUAGCAUCCGCCCUGUAGAUCUGCAAGAGAAGGCUACCUCCUGCAGUGCUAUCUCUUGGUGAAUGCUAACUCAGCUCAAGGGCCUUUUGGGGAAAGGACAGUGAAAAACCUCUAGAGAGGUAAGUUUUCCACCCUUCCAACCUCUCUCCAGCUGCAGCUUGCUUGGUGCUGUCAGAAUCUGGAUUUGGGGGGAGUCUCUCUGUAGUGGAACCAGUGACAGAAGCUGUUCUUUAGAAUUUUCAGGAUUGGCUGUAUUCUGCGGUCAGAAUGAGAGAGUCAAGCUGGGCAGAAUCUCUCGCCAAGAGUUCAGGCCUUCAUGGUGAAACAUCUCUUGGAGUACUCCCAGGGCACAGAUUCUAACCUCCAGUACAGCUUGCUGUUAGUCCUGGGCCUCCUCCUGACAGAGAUCGUGCGCUCUUGGUCACUUGCACUGACUUGGGCAUUGAAUUACCGAACCGGUGUCCGCUUGCGGGGGGCCAUCCUCACCAUGGCAUUUAAGAAGAUCCUUAAGUUAAAGAGCAUUAAGGAGAAGUCCGUGGGUGAGCUCAUCAACCUGUGCUCCAACGACGGGCAGAGGAUGUUUGAGGCCGCCGCCGUUGGCAGCUUGUUGGCUGGAGGACCCAUUGUUGCCAUCUUGGGCAUGAUUUAUAAUGUAAUUAUUCUGGGACCAACAGGCUUCCUGGGAUCAGCUGUUUUUAUCCUCUUUUAUCCAGCAAUGAUGUUUGUAUCACGGAUCACUGCAUAUUUCAGGAGAAAAUGUGUAACCACCACAGAUGAGCGCGUCCAGAAAAUGAAUGAAGUCCUCACCUACAUUAAAUUUAUUAAAAUGUAUGCCUGGGUCAAAGCAUUUUCUCAAAGUGUUCAAAAAAUCCGAGAGGAGGAACGGCGGAUUUUGGAAAAAGCUGGGUACUUUCAGAGCAUCACUGUUGGUGUGGCUCCCAUCGUGAUGGUGAUCGCCAGCGUGGUGACAUUCUCUGUCCACAUGACCCUUGGCUUUGACCUCACAGCAGCACAGGCUUUCACAGUGGUGACCGUCUUCAAUUCCAUGACUUUUGCUUUGAAAGUAACUCCAUUCUCAGUAAAAUCCCUCUCAGAAGCAUCGGUUGCUGUCGACAGGUUUAAGAGUUUGUUUCUGAUGGAAGAGGUUCACACGAUUAAGGAAAAACCAGCCAGUCCUCACAUCAAGAUAGAGAUGAAAAAUGCCACGUUGGCAUGGGACUCCUCCCACUCCAGUAUCCAGAACUCACCCAAGCUGACCCCCAAAACGAAAAAAGACAAGAGGGCCGCCAAGGGCAAGAAAGAGAAGGUGAGGCAGCUGGAGUGCACUGCGCAUCAGGCAGUGCUGGCAGAGCAGAAGGGCCACCUCCUCCUGGACAGCGACGAGCGGCCCAGUCCCGAGGAGGAAGAGGGCAAGCACAUCCACCUGGGGAACCUCCGCUUGCAGAGGACACUGUACAGCAUCGACCUGGAAGUCGAAGAGGGUAAACUGGUUGGAAUCUGUGGCAGUGUGGGAAGUGGAAAAACCUCUCUCAUUUCAGCCAUUUUAGGCCAGAUGACACUUCUAGAGGGCAGCAUCGCAGUCAGUGGAACCUUCGCCUAUGUGGCCCAGCAGGCCUGGAUCCUCAAUGCCACUCUGAGAGACAACAUCCUGUUUGGGAAGGAAUUUGAUGAAGAAAGAUACAACUCUGUGCUGAACAGCUGCUGCCUGAGGCCUGACCUGGCCAUUCUUCCCAACAGUGACCUGACUGAGAUUGGUGAGCGAGGAGCCAACCUGAGUGGUGGGCAGCGCCAAAGGAUCAGCCUUGCCCGGGCCUUGUAUAGUGACCGGGACAUCUACAUCCUGGAUGACCCCCUCAGUGCCUUAGAUGCCCAUGUGGGCAACCACAUCUUCAACAGUGCUAUCCAGAAGCACCUCAAGUCCAAGACGGUUCUGUUCGUAACCCACCAGCUACAGUACCUGGCUGAUUGUGACAAAGUGAUCUUCAUGAAAGAGGGCUGUAUUACAGAAAGGGGCACCCACGAGGAACUGAUGAAUCUAAAUGGUGAUUAUGCUACCAUUUUCAAUAACCUGUUGCUGGGAGAGACACCCCCAGUUGAGAUUAAUUCAAAAAAGGAAACCAGUGGUUCACAGAAGAAGUCACAAGACAAGGGUCCUAAAGCAGGAUCAGUAAAGAAGGAGAAAGCAGUGAAGCCAGAGGAAGGGCAGCUGGUGCAAGCGGAAGAGAAGGGGCAGGGUUCAGUGCCAUGGUCAGUGUAUGGUGUCUACAUCCAGGCUGCUGGGGGCCCCUUGGCUUUCCUGUUCAUUAUAUCCCUUUUCAUGUUGAACGUGGGCAGUACUGCCUUCAGCAACUGGUGGUUGAGUUACUGGAUCAAGGAAGGAAGCGGGAACACCACAGUGACUCACGGGAACAAGACCUUGGUGAGCAGCAGCAUGAAGGACAACCCUCACAUGCAGUACUAUGCCAGCAUCUAUGCCCUCUCCAUGGCUGUCAUGCUGAUCCUGAAAGCCGUGCGAGGCGUUGUCUUCGUCAAGGGCACACUGCGAGCCUCCUCCCGGCUCCAUGAUGAGCUUUUCCGAAGGAUCCUGCGAAGCCCGAUGAAGUUUUUUGACACUACCCCCACAGGGAGGAUUCUCAACAGGUUUUCCAGAGACAUGGAUGAAGUCGAUGUGCGCCUGCCCUUUCAGGCUGAGAUGUUCAUCCAAAAUGUCAUCCUGGUGUUCUUCUGUGUUGGAAUGAUCGCAGGGGUUUUCCCAUGGUUCCUGGUGGCAGUAGCACCCCUCAUCAUCCUCUUCGCAGUUCUGCACAUUGUGUCCAGGGUCCUGAUUCGAGAGCUGAAGCGUCUGGACAAUAUCACACAGUCACCUUUCCUCUCCCACAUCACAUCCAGCAUACAGGGCCUUGCCACCAUUCAUGCCUACAACAAAGGGCAGGAGUUUUUGCACAGGUACCAGGAGCUACUGGAUAACAACCAGAGUCCUUUCUUCCUGUUCACUUGUGCAAUGCGGUGGCUGGCUGUGCGGCUCGACCUGAUCAGCAUCGCCCUGAUCACCACCACCGGGCUGAUGAUCGUUCUCAUGCACGGGCACAUUUCCCCAGCCUAUGCGGGUCUUGCCAUCUCUUACGCUGUCCAGUUAACGGGGCUGUUCCAGUUUACUGUCAGACUGGCUACUGAGACAGAAGCUCGCUUCACCUCAGUGGAGAGGAUCAACCACUACAUCAAGACUCUCUCUUUGGAAGCACCUGCCAGAAUUAAGAACAAGGCUCCCUCCCCUGACUGGCCCCAGGAAGGAGAGGUGACCUUUGAGAGUGCAGAGAUGAGAUAUCAAGAAAAUCUGCCCCUGGUCCUGAAAAAAGUGUCCUUCACCAUCAAACCUAAGGAGAAGAUUGGCAUUGUCGGGAGGACGGGAUCAGGGAAGUCCUCCCUGGGGAUGGCCCUGUUCCGCCUGGUGGAGUUAUCUGGAGGCUGCAUCAAGAUCGACGGAGUGAGAAUCAGCGAUAUUGGCCUUGCUGACCUCCGAAGCAAACUGUCCAUCAUUCCUCAAGAGCCAGUGCUCUUCAGUGGCACUGUCAGAUCAAAUUUGGAUCCUUUCAACCAGUACACUGAAGACCAGAUUUGGGAUGCCCUAGAAAGGACACACAUGAAAGAAUGUAUUGCUCAGCUACCUCUGAAACUUGAAUCUGAAGUGCUGGAGAAUGGGGAGAACUUCUCAGUGGGGGAACGGCAGCUCCUGUGCAUAGCGAGAGCCUUGCUCCGCCACUGUAAGAUUCUGAUUCUAGACGAAGCCACAGCUGCCAUGGACACAGAGACAGACUUACUCAUCCAGGAGACCGUCCGAGAGGCAUUUGCCGACUGCACUAUGCUGACCAUUGCCCAUCGCCUGCAUACAGUCCUAGGCUCUGAUAGGAUUAUGGUGCUGGCCCAGGGACAGGUGGUGGAGUUCGACACCCCGUCGGUCCUUCUGUCCAACGACAGCUCCCGGUUCUAUGCCAUGUUUGCUGCUACAGAGAACAAGAUUGCUGUCAAGGGCUAACUCCUCCUGCGCUGGCGUCUCUUUCCUUUGGAGCGUCGCCACUCCCUGCCUGGGGCAGGCCUCUUCCUGUCCUGCCGAAACCUUGCCUUUCCCGACUUGACCUUUCGCACAGCAGUUCAGGAUUGGCUUGUGUGUUUCACUUUUAGGGAGAGUCCUAUUUUGAUUAUUGUAUUUAUUCCAUAUUCAUGUAAACAAAAUUUAGUUUUUGUUCUUAAUUGCACUCUAAAAGGUUCAGGGAACCAUUAUUAUAAAUGUAUCAGAGGCCUAUAAAGAAGCUUUAUACGUGUAGCUAUAUCUCUAUAUAAUUCUGUACAUAGCCUAUAUUUACAGUGAAAAUGUAAGCUGUUUAUUUUAUAUUAAAAUAAGCACUGUACUAACAACAGUGCAGAUUCCUUUCUAUCGUUUUUGUACAGUUUGCUGCACUGGAGGUCUGUUUUUGCUCUUAGACGAUAGGAAGGGCAGCAUACUGUCCGCUAGCUGGUGGUUUCACGUGCCAGGUUUUCUGGGUGUCAGAAAAGGAAGGCGUGUGGCAAUGUGGGCCCCCCGGCGGCCCCCUCUGCCACCUCCCCACAAGCACUCGGACGGACGGGUGGCGAAGAGGGGCCCGCCAGCGGCCGAGCAGAGUGCCGUGAACUCUCAGGGCUCUUGCUUUCUGUCCCGGUGUCACCUCCCUGUGUCUGUCCGGAGAGCGGGGGGCAAAGCCCUGGCCCCCUUUUCACUCCCUCCGCCAGGAAUGAGAAUCACAGACACGGUCCUCGGUGAGAGGGAGUUUCUCUCCUGCCUUCCUCUUUUCGCUGUUGUUUUUAAAGGAGCAUCAAGUCUCUUCACAGAGUGUCCCACUGCCUCAGGUUCCUAACGCUGGCCACUGCACAGAGCUCUCCAGCUCCUAGACCUGUUGGCUCCAAACCCUGGAGCCGACCGCUGCUUUUUCCGGUGGUACUUUUCAUUUGCCUGGUCCCACACCUCCACAGUUCAGUGACAGGGUUCAGGGUUUUGUGGGUCUGUUUCCUUUUCUCACUGCAGUUGUCGCACAGUCUCUUUCUCUCUCCAAAGUCUGCGACUUUAAGCAGCUCUUGCUAAUCAGUGUCUCACACUGGUGUAGAAGUUUUUUGUACUGUAAAGAGACCUACCUCAGGUUGCUGAUUGCUGUGUGGUUCGGUGUGUUUCUGCAAACCCCCUUUGUGCCGUGGGGCCAGUAGCUCAGGUGGGCGUGGUCGCUGCUGUCAUCAGUUGAAUGGUCAGCGUUGCAUGUCGUGACCAACUAGACAUUCUGUCGCCUUAGCAUGUUUGCUGAACACCUUGUGGAAGCAAAAAUCUGAAAAAGUGAAUAAAAUUAUUUUGGAUUUUG